AUGCCUGGCGGAAAGGGAAAGUCUGUUGGUGGGAAGGCAAGCUCCAAGGACUCUGCGGGGAAGGCCCAAAAGUCCCACAGCGCGAAGGCCGGUCUGCAGUUCCCAUGUGGUCGUGUCAAGCGCUUCUUGAAGAACAACACGCAAAAUAAGAUGCGCGUUGGUGCGAAAGCUGCCGUCUAUGUCACUGCCGUCCUGGAAUACUUGACCGCAGAAGUGCUGGAACUCGCCGGAAACGCCGCCAAGGAUCUCAAAGUCAAGCGUAUCACACCGCGCCACCUGCAGCUCGCCAUCCGUGGAGACGAAGAGCUGGACACCCUCAUUCGCGCCACUAUCGCCUUCGGUGGUGUUCUACCUCGCAUUAACCGCGCGCUGCUGCUCAAGGUCGAACAGAAGAAGAAGAAGUCGGACGCAUAG